AUGGAUUUUUGGCGAAGAUCUGCCGGAAAGUCAAGAAUAGAACGAAUAACCAACGAGAGAAUUAGAGAGAUUAUGGGCGUAAAGAAAACUAUCCUCGAUGAAAUCGAACAACGCCAACUAAUAUGGUAUGGAUAUGUAGGGAGAAUGGCUGACGAACGUCUACCAAAACAAAUCCUAAAAUGGACACCGGCGGAAAGAAGAAAGAAAGGAAGACCUAAAGCUACCUGGAUGGAGGGCAUUAACCGAGCCAUGUCCGAAAGAAAUUUACUUCCAGGAGAUUGGGAAGAUCGAAGGCAAUGGAGACUGGGAAACGGAAGGCGUAGAACGCUAUACAACCGGAUAUAUAAUAUAAUAUAA